AUGAAAUUUCUAAUUGUACUAGUCGUUGUUGCCUCUGCUGUUUACGGCGAAAACGAUAAGAAAAUCUCCAAACGCGGCCUUCUAGGUUUAGGAAACACUGGAUUGCACGAACCUGGAUUGGAUUACGGUGGAUUAUCCGGCGGUCAUGGACAUGCAUUGAGUGGCGGAUUUUUAGGUGUUGGUUUAGGCGGAGGUUUAUCAGUCGACAAGCCCUAUGCUGUCCACGUCCCCAAACCGUACCCAGUCCCAAUUGUUAAGAAUGUGCCAGUCUCUGUAGAUCAGCCUUACCCCGUACAAGUACCAGUCCCUGUCAAGGUUCCAGUUAUCCACAAAAUAGCCGUUCCAGUGCCAGCUCCUUACCCUGUUCCAGUACACAAGGCUGUCCCAGUUCCAGUACACACCCCAGUUCUAGUCAAACAUCAUUUACAUCACGAUUAUUCAGAUCAUUUUGGUCACCAUUAUUAG